AGUAGCCAUGGCAGCAGCCCCUGAAUUCACCAGUGAUGUAAUGAAUUACUACAGUAACAAUGAAGAUGAACUGUUCUUUGACACUGACGGCCCCAAACAGAUGAAGCACUGCUUCCAAGACCUGGACCUCUGUUCUCCAGGAGAUGGGGACAUCCAGCUUCAGAUCUCCCAGCAACACUACAACAAGGGUUUCAAGCGGGUUGUGUCUGUCAUUGUGGCAAUGGAGAAGCUGAAGGCACACAGUCUUGAUCACAGUCCCCGCUCACAGUCCUUCCUGACCAGCCUCUUUUCCUUCGUCUUUGAAGAAGAACCCAUCGACUAUGAUGAUGGUUAUGAGUGUGAUGCAGCUGUACUAUCCCAGUACUGCCGACUUCGGGACAUAGAACAGAAGUGCCUGGUGCUGUCUGGUCCAUGUGAACUGAAGGCUCUUCAUCUCAAUGGACAGAAUACAGAUCAUCAAGUGGUGUUCUCCAUGAUCUUUGUGCAAGGAGAAAUAAGUGAAGAAAAGAUGCCUGUGGCCUUGGGGCUCAGGGGAAAGAAUUUGUACCUGUCCUGUGUGUGGAAUAAUGGGAAGCCCACUCUGCAGCUGGAGACAGUAGAUCCCAAACUUUACCCAAGAAAGAAGAUGGAAAAGAGAUUUGUCUUCAACAAGCUACAGGUCAAGGACAAGUUGGAAUUUGAGUCAGCCGAAUUCCCCAACUGGUACAUCAGCACCUCUCGAAUGGAAGACAUGGCUGUCUUUCUGGGAAAUACCAGAGGUGGCCAGGAUAUAACUGACUUCACCAUGGAAAAAGUCUUGUCCUAAAGAGAGCAGUACUCAGAAAGUCCACAUAUGCUAAGUAAC